AUGGACAAACACCCUCCCUCCCUCGAGUCGCUCCAGAGGGAGGUCAGUGAACUCACAGCCAUAUACCAUGGCCGAGGCUGGACGACCGAAGCAACAGACCUGGAGUCGGCAAUGACGGCAGCGGGGAAUCGGGUACUCGCAACAGGUGCGGAUUCUGACGCAACGACAAUAAUUCUUGAAGAGUUAGCCACAUGCGUGAAGACAUGGCUACAGGCCAGGUCAUGGAUUGUUGCGGAAGAUCUAGGCAUUCUGGUGCUAGACACCUGCGAGAACCUGAAGGGAGAGCAAGACUUAAUGACCAUGACAGCGAUGCAUAAUGUCGCUUCGGCGUAUUGGGGCCGGGGGCAGCUGGAUCAAGCUUCUGCUCUCGCUGCCCGGGUAACCAAGCUGAGACAGAAGAUUCUCGGCGAGGACCAUCCCCAGACAUUGACUUCGAUGACGAAUCUAGCUUCCACAUAUCGGAGUCAAGGGCUUUGGGCUGAUGCUCAGAAACUUGAUUCGAGGAUUUUUGAGAUGAAGAAAAAGACUAUCGGUCCCAGGAAUCCAUCCACCUUGGCCUCAAUGUCUAAUUUGGCUAUAUCGUAUGCCCAUCUCGGUCGGUAUGAAGAGGCCGAGUCGAUUGCGCGCCAACUGGUCGAUCUCGGGGAAAGGGAAUUAUUACCAACCGAUGCCUCGCUGUUAAACUGGAAACUUACUCUGGCAUCGACCUACCGAGACCAGGGGAGGCUAGACUCCGCUGAAAAGCUAGAAAGGCAGGUUGUCGCUGUUAGUCGGGAGAUGCUUGGGACGAAUAAUCCCUUUACCUUGACCUCUAUGGCCAAUCUUGCAUCCACAUACCGCGAACAAGGCCGAUGGUCGGAUGCUGAGCGCCUUGAAAAAGAAGUCGUGGCUAGCAGCGAGACCGUGCUCGGCGAAACACACCCCCGAACCCUGAUGUCCAUCAGCAACCUUGCCUCAACAUAUCGCCAUCAGGGUCGACUCGAAGAAGCCAAAAGCCUCGGGGGGAAAGCAACAGCGGUGAUGAAAGAGGUCCUCGGGGAACGUCAUCCACACACACUGGUUGCCAUGGCGGAUCUUGCAGUGACAUACCAAAUGAUGAGGCAAUCACCAGAUGCCGAGAUUCUGGCCAGCCGGUCUCUGUGUUUGAUGGAAGAGACGAUAGGCAAAGACCAUCCGUACACCCUCAGCGCGAUGGCCAAUUUGGGCUUUAUAUACCAGUCGCAAAGCAAGUGGGAGGUCGCCGGUGGAAUGGCCGAAACUGUACAUUCUCGCAGGGAAAAGGCAUUUGGAACGGACCACCCAGAUACUGUGGCAGCGCUAGAGGAUUUGAGGAGAGUAGCGUGGGUAGAGGCGGCGGAUCAGAAUUCACAGCGUACGUUGAAUUAG